UUUUGUAUUUUUUUUUUUUCGUUUGCCUUUCUUCCCACCUUUUUUUUUUCUUUUAAAGAAAGAAUAUGACUGACAAUGCAGUCCUUUCAGGUUCUCUACGAUUAACUAAAGGUCUUAACUGGGCUGGCAAACAAGAUCUUGAAACUUUAUUCCUAGCACGACAUUCUACUGAUUCGAUCUCUUGUGGUACAUUUUCUGUUGCCUUCUAUGUGGAAACUAUCAUUCCUCUUCAUGCUGUUAAACUAUAUACUCUUACAUCACAAAGAUAUCGCGCUAUGACGAAUUCUUCUACGCUUUGCAACUAUCUUACUCAUGUCUUUAAGCCCGUCUCUACAUUUCACCAACCAAAGUAUGCUCUAUUGCUUCGUAUACAAAAAAAUGGUGAAGAUACAAGUAAUCCCUUUGAUGAAAGUGAGAUACUUUAUCCGUUACCCAAGAUAUCUUAUGCAUUGCUUUAUGCACAACAACUUGAACAAUCCAAUGACAAUGACCAGAAUUCUCUACAUGUCUACGCUCAAGUGAUUCGAGAUCCAUUUGACUACAUCAACUUUUCCAACUUCACCAGUAUCAACACUACACCAAAAGAGGAUACCUAUAUCAAUACUGCAAACUCAAUUCUUCAACAUUACCGACCAAACCUCUCUUUACAUUUACGGAAUAAACUACAAUAUACCCAACACCAUCGACAAUGUUGGAGGUCAAUACUUAAAAAGGAUAUGGAUCGAUUGGACAGGAUGGAUCAAAUACGUGAAGAAUCUCGACUUAGUAGACCAGAACGUACCUUGACAAUCACAAAAAGAAAGCUACUUCCACAAAGAAAAAGUAGCAAUAUUGCACCUCCACCACAACCACAAUCAAUAAAACGAUCUCAAUCAGCAUCCUCAUCUCUAUCAUAUACUUCAUCUUACUCUAGAAAGCCUACAGCGACAUCAUCAUCAUCAUCUAUUAAUAACCUUGACAUCAAUCCAACGAUAGCAACAUCAAAUAUACCAUCAUCACAACAAUCAAAUUCUGAUUCUACUUAUCAUGCCGAUAACAAGAAACAAUUGAAAAUAGCAAUCUGGUCAAAACUCUUGAAUUGUGGUCAUGACAAGAAAGCCGAAGACACGAAAUUACUGUAUCAAUCUAUCUAUCAAAGUAUACAAUUUGUUACCAGGAAAACGUUCAAAGAUGAAUUGCUUGACCGACAUUUCAUGGAAUUACUAAUAGACAAACAUAUACAAUUUUACAAUAGUUUGGAUGUAGAUAUAGAAUCAGUUGAUACAAAUAUUCUUUAAUAAUAAAUAGAACUCUUCUCUUUAUAUAUAUAUAUAUAUAUAUGUACUUUUACAAAUUUGAAAUAAAG